UCAUAGACCGACCCUACAACGGAAAACCUUGGUUUCCCAGCCCAACUGUGCAGACGAAAAAGUGUUCAGUCUGGCCGAUGCUCCGCACCUCUUAAAAUUAAUCCGGAACCAUUACCUGGACAGUGGCUUAGUUGUGGGAGACGAACAUUUAACCUCCCGAACUUUUACAGAUUUACUUAGCCUGAGAUCAACAUCUGAUAUGUCAAUAACUUAUAAAAUUAGCCAUGAACAUCUGGCAAGGAAAGGUGCAGGUUGACAAAAGGUGAAAUUAGCAACACAGCUUUUUUCGCACACAACAGCGAAUGCUAUCAGAAGAUGCUACGCACUUGGACUAGAAUUAUACAAGCCAACCCAGACGGCCAAGAGGUGAACGAUUGGUUUGACAUACUAAAAUCCAGAAAAAGUACAUUUAAAUACCCUGGCAAGAAUGCUGAAGUAUAUCCUGGAAACACCAGACACCUAAAUGGGACAGGUAAUGUUGAAGCGGAUGAUACCAAUUGGCUGGAUUCUUCCAUGGAGUUAAAACCUUCAAAAGUGGUUGAAGAGAUUCCUGCAGCACCGGAAGAUAUUUUUGAAGAGCUACCUGUAGACCCGGAAGAAGAAGUAGACCUUGACUAUUUCGAUGAAUCGAUUCUUAAUGACAUUGGUAUUCUUCAAGAAGACGCAUUAGAAUACGUAAGUCAACGGAAAUGAAAUCUCCCACCAACCAAGACUAAAUCAGCAUCUUCUUCAACAAAGGGUUUAACCAGAACCCUUCCAGACAAUGUAAAAAGAUUAUUCUUCAAAUGCCGAAUACAUUUUCGCGUGAGAAAUCUGAAAAAAAGAUUAAAUAUUCAAAAGAAAAGCAGCGCAAAGUGGGGUCCAAAAAAUUUCUUAAAAUUAAAUUAUAAGAAUUUAUCUUUUU